AUUUCUUAUUAUUGAAGUUGCUCUUGGUGUUUGAGUUCUCUCAUUUCUUAUCCCAUUGUUUUGCAAUUGAUUUGGUUGAUUAUUGAAGAGAUAUUUAUACUCAAAUUUCUACCACUGCUCUCCAUCAUCAGUUGUGUCCCAAUCUGCUCUUCUAUUUGAGUUGUUAGUUCGUCCAUCAUAUUCUAAAGCUCACUUUUGAUUGACCAAAAUUGAAAGUCUUUAAGUUGUAUAGUUUGGUAACAAUGGGCAGCACAUUUUGGAGGUUAAGUAUUUUUAGCCGGAUCAAUGUUGUGAGGAUGUCUCCUGCUCCCAUGUAAUCCGGUUGAAGGUCAUCAUCACCUUCUUCUCCCUCCAUUAUUCCUUUUUUUUUUUUUUUUGGAUAGGCAAUAAUUGUUAUUAAUUGAGCAAAAAUUGGUGGAUUGGAUUGUACUGGAAAGAUGCAAAAGGGCCUGCGUUUUCUUGAAAGAGAAAUAGUGGUUGAUGCCAAGGAAGACGAAGAUGGUGACUACGGGGAGGAGGAUGAAGACAAUGGUGAGGGAGAUGCUCAAGUGGACAGAAAAGGGAAGGGGAUUUUGAUAGAAGAGGAGGACGACGACGAGGAUGAUGACGAUGAUUCGAGUGAUGGCAAGGAUGAUGAAUUAGAUGCUGAGAGCGAUUUGUUCGAUGAUCCGUUGGUUGAGGUUGAUUUGGACGAUUUGAUGAGAGGAGAGAGUGGAAAUUCAUUUUGAAAUUAAAAUUCAUAAGUUUGA